AUGUCUGCCAUUACAGCGGUUGCUAAAGCUUUGUUCAACACAUUUUUUCAGAGUUGGAGCAAUCCUUCGUCUCCUUCCAUUUCUCUUUUGCUUUACUCUCAUUGUUGUGUUAUAUUUUUACUUGUUUUUUAUCACCGUUUUGAUGGAUAUUUCCACGUUUUGCUGAAGAUUAUUGCUUCAUCGUGUGUAAACCAUAUUAGAACCCUAAAAAAGAAGUUGAUCGAUUUUGAUGUCACGAGUUUAUUUUCAGGGAUUUGUAGUGCUAUCGCUUUUAAGUCCAUUAGAUUGGGCAGCAAUGCGAAGGAUAAGAAAGUGUGUACCGUUGAGUUGGAUCCCGGUGAAGUUCCAUCGCUUUACGAAUCCGAAGAAGAAGAAGAAGAACGACGGCGUCAACAACAACGACAAAAGCAAUUGGGAAAGGAAGAUAGAAUUAAAGAAGAAUGUUCUUCGAGACAAAGAUCGAACAUCCAAUGUAAGGACACAUUCGAAAUUCUAAUUCAAAAGUUAAGCGAAUGCGAAGAAGAUAUUGGAUCGUUCGAUGAAACGUUGGCCUUUUGGAGACGGAAAGAGAUGGAAGAGAUCAUAUCUAGAAGAAAGCUCAAGUACUAGGCAAAAUAAAUUGCAAU